GUUUGACUUGAAUAGAGAAGCAGUGCGUGUCUGCUUUCGCGGGUCUGUCCAUGAUGGUAGUGUUAUACAUAGUGGCGUGUCUUGUGUGUCUGAAUAAACAGCUCUCGUGUCUGUUCAUGAUGUUGUUACUGUGCAUGCUGACUUGUCUUGUGUCUCUGAAUAGACGGCUCUUUUGAAAGGCUGUCGACGCUUCAUGUAUUGCAUGCCCCUCGAGGUUCCGGUGGCGUGUUCCCGGCGUAUGGUGCUUUCCUUCCGCUAUUCUUCCCCGAACCCUAGACCUUCGUGCUCGAUCUGCACACAACACACAACAUUCACACCACGAUUAUACAGAAUGCGAUGCGACGGCCGUGCACAUCCAUCCAUCCAUUCAUCGACACACACUUUGCUCUUGAGGUCUCUAUUGAUGGAGAGGUACGUGAGCAGCUCCUUGAGCCACUCGAGGGGGUCAUCCCGCCGCUCCUCGCACCACUGCCAGGCCGCCUCGGCAACGGCGCUGUCCGACGACAGCAGACCGUGCAGGGCCUGCACACAUCAUCACACACACACACACAGCCAUGCGAUGGACAGACAAAUACAGACGGUGAGGAGCGGAGAGGCUCGCUUUGGUGUGUGAGGCGUCAUUACCGUGGAAACAUUGAAGUCUCUCGCUUUGUUUUCCAUCGCAAUAUCCAUCGAUCUGGGGGGAGAGAGAAUCGAGGAGUGUG